ACCAGACAUUACCAGCCAAACAAAAAAAUUUCAUCACUGUCAUGGGCUUCCAUGAACAAAGCCCUGAAAUAUCAUGUAAACAGAGGAAGAAAAAUAUAGAGUCAUACAUGUAUAUGAUUACAUAUUGAUGGCCUUUACAGAAAAGAGGAGACAAAGGAAAAUGGGUAGAAAAAAAGUGUCAUAAUUGGUGAGCAGUGUGUGUGUGUGUGUGUGUGUGUGAUUUUUGGCUAUAAUGUAUCUGACAAAAUUUUUUUGCAGUAAAUCUCCUUUUCUUUUUUUUUUUUUCUCUUAAAUUAUUGUUGUAUUCACUAGCACAGGUUUUUUUUUAUUUUGUUGGUCAGAUUUUCUGUCCACAAGAUAAAAUUAAUGAUCUUUUCAGGGGUUGAUAUUGACCCAUUAGAGUUGUUGCAUCUCUUGGUCUUUGUCAGCUUGUUAGAUUUCGUUUGGCUCCUGAGAAAAAUAGAGAGAGAGAGAGAGAGCGAGCGUUUCUGUAGGGAUAGAUUGUAGAUGGAAAAGAUCUUUCAAAUGUAUUAAAUCGAUGUUACAAGGGUCUUGUUUUGUUUUGUCCAAGGAUUAGAUAUAUUUAUAUAUACAUACAAGGUUCAUGUGUUCAGCAAAGAUGUGUUUCACAUGGAUUUGGCAAGUUCCAAAGCUUAAAAAAAACAUUUACAGUCUUUUGCAAUUUUCAAGAGAAUCAUAAGUUGCAGGGAUAAGAACAAGAGUGUUUUUGUAUUGGAUUUCUGGCUUUUUAGUAUAAACACAACUUGGAAAAAAUCUUAUAGCUGCUUCAAGGUUUAAGCUUUUUGGAGUCUCACACCAGGUAUUCUUCUUCUUCAUGUUUUUACUUCACUCUAUCCGCCUGAUCUCUGCAUUUUGAGGUUGCUUUUCUUGAUUUCUUGAGUUUAGAGACUGAAAGUUGGAAGCUUUUUUCUGGUUCUAGAUUUCUUUUUCCAUACCCAAAAUGCCCUUUAUCGCUUUUUAUAGACCCAGCAAAUCUUGAACCUUACUCUUCCUCAUGCUGUCCUACCACCUGCAUGAAAAAAUGCCAUAGAGAAAUGUAGAAUACCUGCUUUUUGCCAUAUAUGAUUCUCCUCUGUUGUCCUUUUCACAGAUCCACAACUAGGUCAAUCUCAUUUUUGCAGUUGAGUUUUCUACAAGCUUUUCUUGUUUGUUUAUAAUUUUCAGUUUCUUCAAUGUUUGAUGCUGGUUUUUUAUGGUGAAAAUGGAGAAUAGUCAAAUCUGUUCAUCACUGUCUUUCUUCAAGGCUUCUUUGUUUUAUGUUGCAGUCUUGAUAUUUUCUCUGAUGUUGACUUGUUUCUUAAGCACUUCUCCUAAGCUCUUUUCCUUCCUAGUGACAAUCCCAAUUUUGGGUCUGUCAACAAUUUUGAUUCUCUCAUUCUCAAAAAGGAAGAAAAGGGUUGUUUUGGUUGAGAACCCAGUUUCCCAAAUCCAAAAAGAAAGCCAAAAAUAUGAGAAGAAUAGCCUGGUUGAGACAGAGCUUAAGCAGAAACCAAAAAUGCUGGCAGCAGAAGCAUGUGAUCCUAAUGCUACUGUCCAAGAAACUGAUCAAGCUGCUGAAAUGCAUGAGUUCAUAGUUGAAUCACCAAUAUCAGACAGUGAAAGCAGCAGCAUUGAAGAAUCGAUAACAAGUUCCGAGAUCAACUUCGAGCUUGAUCAUGGUCAAUGGAUUUAUCCCAACAAUAUGGGCCAUCAAAAUGUAUGUUCAACAGUUUCUUAUGAUUCAGUCUCUGAGGAAGAAGAUGAAGAUAGCCUCAUUGAAAUUGCUCUUCGAGGAGGUGAUUCAACUGAUUUGAAUUAUGAAGAUCAACCAAAGCAAAAACUGCAAAGUUUCUUGCCAGAUUCAAUUUUCAGGCAAGAGGAGAUAAGGGAGCUGUUAGCAGAGAUCAAUGAAGAUGAAAACUUGAUUGAGAUUGACAUUUCAAUGGGAUCCAUCAAGUCUCCUUCAAAAAGCCUUGAGAUUGAAGCAUGAAUGGUUACUUCAACACUGCCUCAAGAGGACCAUUCAAGAUGUAUUUACCCUAAACUUUAAUCUCAAAUUUUCUGAUACAAGGAGCCAGGGUUUAGGUUUUAGGAUCUUUCUUAUAGUUACCAUUUUGGUUAAAUGUUAUAAAGAUUUUUUUUUUUUUUUGGUGGGUCAAAUGAAUUAGCUUAUCUUUAUCAAUUAUUAUGCUUAAUAUUACUUAGAUAUGUAUACUAUGAAAAAAUAUAA